GCAGGCGAAAAGUCCAUGAUCAAGAAACGCUACAUGCACUUGACCGAGGACAUCUUGAAGGAGAACCCUAACAUCUGCGCCUACAUGGCGCCAUCGCUGGACGCGAGGCAAGACAUGGUGGUGGUCGAGGUCCCGAAGCUCGGCAAAGAAGCGGCGACGAAGGCCAUCAAGGAAUGGGGGCAGCCCAAGUCCAAGAUCACCCACCUGGUCUUAUGCACCACCAGCGGCGUCAACAUGCCCGGCGCCGACUACCAGCUCACCAAGCUGCUGGGCCUCCGCCUGGCCGUCAAGCUGUACAUGAUGUACCAGCAGGGCUGCUUCGCCGGUGGCACGGUCCUCCGCCUGGCCAAGGACCUGGCCGAGAACAACAAGGGGGCCUGCGUCCUCGUGGUGUGCUCCGAGAUCACCGCCGUCACUUUCCGUGGCCCCAGCGACAGCCACCUCAACAAGGAAACGAAUUUCGAAGCCGUACGAAUUAAGGUUUAG